AUGCCGCAUAACAAACUGAAUCAUCUUCCCAUCGAAGCUCUCAUCAACAUUGCAUCACUCAUCGACAAACCUCCAGAGCCAGAUCUGUCCUCGUUCGCCCUUGCCGGAAAAUCCUGCAACGCCGCCGCCGCCUACUUUCUCUUUCAAGAAAUACACAUCCGACUGACGACGCCCAAGAAGCUGCGUCAAGACGUCGCGAGAUGGCUCACCGUUCUCCGCCGCAACUCGUACGAGAGACACGUCCGCCUCCUCGACGUCAAAUUUGACUUCGCCACGAAGAGCCCCCCGGGCCCCUGGGAAUUCAUGCACAUGUACACCAGAGAAACUCAUUGGCAGUUCGACCGUAGGGUUGAGUACGAGGUCCGCCUCCAGUUUGGGGCUCCCGGGGCGUGGGAUCCCCUAGUGGAACUGCUGUGCGCUCUGCCCGGCCUGCGACAGCUGGCCGUCGACCACGACACCAGCUUCUCUCGCCAACUCAUCGAAACACUCGGCAGCCAUCACUCGGAGUGCCGGUUGGAUCUCAGGCGGUUUAACAUGCUGCCCCUAUACGUGGCGAUGGGGAAUCGGGCACCCAUCGACCGGCACGACGUCGCUCUGCUUCUGGUGGCGCAGUUGCACGAAAUCGGUAUCGACGAGUAUAGCCGUGACAGCGGCAGCAGGAGAGUCCCUAAGCCUCUGCACGUCAACGAGAUUGCUUUGCGCGAGCUUCUCCUCGCCGGGCUCGUACCGAAUCUUAAAGCGGUUCACAUAGGUCCCAACGUUCUCUUAGACAAGCUGCUAAAUCACUACCAGUCCGUCGUUUCCGACGCGCCCCGUUUCAGAGAGCUAUUGUCCCAAGAACUCGGGAGGCACUCAUCGCGCCCUCAAGGGCGCGCGACGGGCGUGAUAAAUACAGGAAUCGGCUCUCUGAAUUCACUGACGCUUUACACCCCAGGGGUUCGCAGAUUGGAUGACUGGUUGGAAGCUACAGACCCAACGCGGCUACGUCGGCUGGAAUUGUUCAUAGAUAUGGACGAAUACAAUAUUCUGGACAAGGGCAGGUAUUCGCUUUUGAGUUUCACCGAGCUCGAGUUGCACCUCAACCCCCUCGUCUCUCUUCAAGAGCCAGAGUACUGGAAAAAGCAGUUUCCGAAACUCCCGCCGCUGACGUAUCUGUCGCUCGUGGGCAUCAUUACUCCCAUCUCAUUCAAGGCCGCCGUGGACAGUCUUGGCAGCUCACUGAGAAGGCUCAAGCUGAAGCCGAGUAUUCGCACGCGCGGGGAUCUCUCACGCCCUGUCCAUUUGAAGGCCGACCAAUGGUGGAACAGGGAGCUGCUGACUCUCCUACCUGAAGGGUGUCCACUGCUUGAGGAACUGGUAGUCGAGAACUCUGAUCUAGGCGAUGGUGCGGACUGGAGCAUCUGCGAGUCCUUGGGUCAGAAUAAGAAUCUGAGGACGUUAUCCGUGAAGCUGGGCAGUUCGACCGAGGACAAGGCCCUAGCUACAGCCGCCUGGCAUGUAAUACGGCGACAAGGGUGCCAGCUGGAACGCUUGCUGGUCAACGGCUGCAUUGAGGUCCGGAGGGCGGGUUUCGGGGAUUACGAGGCUGUGACGGUGCGACUGAGGCGGGGCGGGAAGAUACGGGAGCCGCAAGGGGGCAAAGACAUCCUGAAAGUUCUGUAUGAUGGGGGGCCGGUAGUUCCUUGCGACCCCGAGUAUCGUCCUCUGAACUGCUCGGCGUGGAACUGCCCGUUCAGGCAUAGUAACAGAGAGGGCUGCAGCCAGUGGGGUCAUAUCGGAGAGACGGAGAUGCGGAUGAUAGAGGCUGCUGCGCAGCAGGCUUUUUUGGGGGACCGUGGUCUUGUCUCUCAGGGAUACGAUAUAGCCUAA